AUGUCUGCCGACACUUCAGAUCUCACAAAGGUCGACUCUGCCAUCGGUGUCGAUGAUGCCGCCCACAAGGAUGCAGCCAAGGAGACCAAGCGAAGAACAACAUCCAGCGCUCCUGGCGUCAUGAACAUCAUUGACCUUGAAAAGGAGGGAACCAAAAUCGCCGUCGCUGCUGAGACGCAAAAGACCGGAUGGAAAAUCAACACCUCGCCUUCCACGGUCGAAGAUCCCUCAAUCCUGAAGAAGCUGCUCACCACUCCCCCCGUCAAGAAGAUCGAUUUGCACUUCCCCCUAGGUCUCGAGGUCACUGCAAGGAACCUGAAAGGUGUCACGAUAAAGGAUGCACUGGAUGCCAUUCACAAGCAAUUCAAGAAGAAGGCGGAUGACGAGAUGGAAGAGCCAUACCUCAAAGGCUUCGAAUGGGACCCCGAAGAGUCGUGGACAAGACUCAAGGUCCACACCCAGAAAGAAGGGCUACCCGUUGGCAAGAAAUCCAAGAAGAAGGGCGGCGACGAGUAA